AAUGGUUGGUGUUGAACGAUUGGAUGUAACGGAGAGCUAGAUGGGUUAUAAGGUUUGGGUUUGAAGAGGGGAGGGCAUUUCGUUUUGUUAAGAAAGAAGCUCUUUGCAGUAUUGGUGGUUCUCUGUUCUCUCUCUGGUUUUCUCUUCCAAUUUUCUUGCUCUUUCUUCUUCCCUUUCUCGGUAACCAAAUAGAGAGAUUUUGGUCAAAUUUUUCCAGAAUUGAACAAAUCAAUGUUGAGUAUCUGGAGUUAGUAGAGAGACAGAGAGAGAUAACUUAGUUUAAUAGGUACAUUUGCGGGAUUUGAAGCUGAUUGCGCAAGGAAUUUCUACUUGUUGGGGAUUGUAACUUGCGAAAAUUAGCCAAAUUCCAUUGAGAUUUGUAGAUGGAUGGUCACAGAAUUUGAGUUUUGCAGAUACAUUUUCAAGACUUGCGCAGCGAUAGAGGGAAACUGGUCCAUUUCCUUGCAGAUUAUCGAUUACGAGCGUCAGUAUCUGGAUAUACAGAGAUCGGAAUCUGACAUGAGAGUCGAGGAUUUAAGCUUUGGAAUGUCAACAUUCAGCUGAAAUCUAAGAUAGAUUUGCAUAUUGCGUUGCCUGAGGACUUAACCAAGCUAAAUUUGUCUUCGUAAUGACAAAAUCUGAGUAACAUACUCAUCGUUUCAGAAAAUCAGCUUUCACGGGCAUAAAUUCAAUUGAGAAUCGCAGAUUUCUUCCACGACUCGAAGCUUCAGGUGUGCAACAGAAGAUGGAAAAGGACGCUUUGAAAAGCAAUAAUAAAGUUAACCCCAAUAAUACCCACAAAAACGGAGACGAUGGGUUGUUAAGAGUCGUUUCAGAGACCACCAAGCAAACGACGUCGAAUUUUGUAUUGCAGUGGGGUAACCGGAAGCGUCUCAGGUGCAUGAAGGUCCAAGUGAAGGACGACUCUAAAGCCCCGGUCCAUCGAACCACUGUUCGAGUCGACCGCAGGGUCGUGAGAGCCGAUAAAGAGGCUUCCAAUAAACCAAUUUCCACAAAAAAUACAAAUCAAAGCAAUGGAUAUUUGAAUCUCCGGCAGCGUCCUUCCUCGCCACCUCCACCGCCUCACCAGCGAGUUCUCAGGAAUUCUGAGAAUUCAAGUGCUAUGAGAAGCCAGAGUAACGGUGGUGUGAGAGGCCUUGCUUCACCGGACAGAGGUGCGCACCACGAGAAGAGAGGCAGCACCACCAACCACCACCACCACAACAGCAACCAUGAGAAUAAUAACAAAUCAGGGGCAUCUUCCGAGACAGCGCAUGAUAGCAAGAAAGGAGGGUCGUCUUCAGGUAGCGGAGAGGCCGCACCACCACCUGUUUGGCCCCCCAAGUUUGUUAUUGCUUUAACCAACAAAGAGAAAGAGGAGGAUUUCAUUGCCUUUAAGGGUUCAAAGCUGCCGCAGAGACCCAAGAAAAGGGCCAAGUUCAUUCAACGCACUCUCAAUCUUGUGAGUCCAGGGGCAUGGCUAUGCGAUUUAACGCUAGAACGGUAUGAAGUGAGAGAGAAGAAGAUCUCCAAGAAGGUAAGACCAAGAGGGUUGAAAGCUAUGGGAAAUAUGGAGUCUGACUCUGAAUGAAGCCAAACCAAAAACCUCAAGCAAGAAAGUUAGAAGGCUGCUUUUAGGAUUGAGUACAGCUGGUGUAGAAGAGGUUUAUUUUUGACAAAGAGGAUGUGAGAAAAUGGGGGGUGGGGUGAAUAUAUAAAAAUUUUUGUAUACAAGGAUGGUGAGCGGGUUUUUUUGGGUUUGUGUUAAAAAUAUCUCAAAUCUAUUUGUCAAAUAGGAAUUUGACUGUCUACAACCUACAUGAGAAUUUGACUAUUUACGGGA